AUGGAGAAGUUGAAGACGUUGUUGAUCGCGAAUCGAGGCGAGAUUGCGGUGAGGACCAUCAAGACUGCCAAACGACUGGGCAUCAAGACAGUGUCCAUCUACACCUCGGCGGACUCGGCAUCACUUCAUGUCUCCAAUGCAGAUGAAGCGGUGUUGCUGCCGACCGUCCAGAGCUAUACCGAUGGCGACGAGAUCAUCCGAAUAGCCCAAGACAAGGCGUGCGAUGCUGUCAUUCCUGGCUAUGGGUUUCUUGCGGAAAACGCAGCAUUCGCAAAGGCCGUGACGGACGCUGGACUGGCGUGGGUUGGUCCAAACGAAGAUGCCAUCAAAGCAUUUGGCAUCAAGCAUACCGCUCGCGAUUUGGCCAAGAAGUCCUCGGUGCCUAUAGUCCCAGGAACUGAGGGUCUGGUCGAAAGCGAGGAAGAUGCCCUGAAGCAAAGCGAAGCCAUUGGCUUUCCAGUCAUGCUCAAGAUCACCGCAGGAGGUGGAGGUUCUGGCUUGAUCACUUGCUACAAUUCCGCCGAAGUGAAGGACGGGUAUAAGAAAGCCAAGUCUCGUGGCGAAGCGUUGUUCAAGGACUCUGGCGUCUUCAUUGAACGAUAUUACCCUGAGUCUCAUCAUGUGGAAGUUCAAGUGUUUGGCAAUGGCCAAGGCAAGGCUGUCAGCUUUGGCGAACGAGAGUGCUCAAUCCAACGAAGACAUCAGAAAGUCAUCGAAGAGUGUCCAAGCCCUUUCGUCGAGAGACAUCCGGGCCUACGCGAAAAGAUCUGCAAGGCUGCUGUUGAGCUUGCUGAGACUGUUAAAUACGGCUCAGCCGGCACUGUCGAAUUUCUGGUCGAUGACAAGACUGCAGAUUUCUUCUUCCUUGAGAUGAACACACGACUCCAAGUCGAGCACCCCAUCACAGAACUCUGCUACGAUGUGGAUCUGGUGGAACUGAUGCUAAGACAAGCUGAUGCUCAGCUGGCCGGAAAAGGAGGCCUGGAUGCCGAGCAUCUCACGUCUUUGCAGAAACCAAAGCCGUUCGGAGCCGCAAUCGAGGCUAGAUUGUACGCCGAGAAUGUGCUUCGCGACUAUGCUCCUUCUCCAGGUCUGUUGACUGAGGUGUAUUGGGCUGACCUGCCUAAUGCUCGCAUCGACACAUGGGUGCGGACGGGCCUACGAAUCUCCCCCAAUUAUGAUCCUUUAAUUGCCAAGGUUAUCAGCCACGCCAAAACGCGAGAUGCUGCAAGAAAAGGAAUGAGCCUGCUGCUGAAGAAUUCGAGGGUGCUAGGCCCUCCUAACAACCUGGACUUCCUGGCAAGCAUUAUGGAGAAUGACACAUUCCAAUCUGGAAACACCUUGACCUCCUUCUUGGGUAGCUUCAAAUAUGAGCCUGCUGUCAUAGACGUCAUCUCCGCUGGAGCUUAUACACUGGUGCAAGAUCUCGAAGGCAGACCAUCUGUCGGAAAAGGCAUCCCUCGUAGCGGUGCUAUGGACCCAGUGGCACUCGCCGCAGCGAAUCUGCUUGUCGGGAAUGAUCGGACCAAAGAAGGGCUUGAGAUUACACUGUCAGGACCCGAACUGCGUUUCCUAGGUCCAGCAGUGAUCGCUCUGACAGGUGCGUCCAUCGAGGCAAUGCUCGAUGGCGAAAGUCUACCAAUGUGGUCACGGAAGCACAUCAAAGCAGGGCAGAGACUCAAGAUCGGUCGCACCACCGGCGGAGGAUGUAGGACUUAUCUCGCAGUAUUCGGAGGGUUUCGGUCAAUCGCAGAUUAUUUUGGCUCCAAAUCGACGUCACCUAUUGUAGCCAUUGGUGGUUACCAAGGCCGACAGCUUGCACCCGGAGACCAGCUCCAGAUCGCGGACAGAAUACCAGAGACUUUGUCAGGACACCCUAGCAUUCCGGAGAACCUGCGGCCCUCAUACGAAUCCCCCUGGAAGAUCAACGCAUUGCCUGGCCCGCACGAAGAAGGCUACUUGACAGAAGAGGACAUAGAAAUGCUAUACGGCACUCAAUGGAAGGUGUCACACAACGCAAGUCGAUCUGCCAUCAGACUGAUCGGCCCUGUACCGAAGUGGGCCCGGGAAGAUGGUGGUGAGGGCGGGUCACAUCCUUCAAAUCUGGUGGAAUACCCUUACUCGAUUGGCUCUCUGAACUGGACCGGCGACGAAGGCUGCAUUUUUGCUAUGGAUUCUCCCAAUUUUGGCGGAUUCGCCAGCUCGGCAACAAUCAUUCGCGCCGACUAUUGGAAGAUGGGGCAGGUCAAGGCCGGCGACAGCUUUCAAUACCAACGCGUAUCUUUGGACGAGGCUCUGAGUCUCCGAAAGCAAGUGGCAGACUACAUCGACGCUCUGGAGCUCGCAGUGUCGAAGAAUGACUUCAGUGACGUGAAGCCGCUCGAUGCCGCCUUUAAACCUUCUGGAGACUAUGGCAAGGCCGUCAUUUGGGAGCGUGCCGCCGAGGGAUCUCGACCACACGUACGAUACCGUCAGGCAGGCGAUGACUAUGUACUGGUUGAAUACGGCAACGAACAGUUUGACAUCAAUUACCGAUGUAGGGCCACAGCCCUUGAGAAAGCCUUGAACUCCAGCGACGCGCCAUCUUGGCUGAAGGAGAAUCUAGUUACAACAGUCAGCUGCUGUACAACCAUCAACAUAUGCUACGACGGAUCGAAGAUAGAUCGCAACCAACUUGUCAAGCAUCUUCAGGCACUCGAAGAUCAGUUCGGAGAUCUCAGCAGAGUCAAGGUUCCAUGUCGCAAGUUCAAGCUACCUCUGGCCUGGGAAACUUCCGAACAGCGUGAGGCGACUAAGAGAUAUAUGGAGACACAGCGUCCUCAUGCGCCAUAUCUACCUGAUAAUCUCGGUUUCGUUGCCAAGAACAACGCUUUCACCCCUGAACAGCUCAAGCACAACAUGUUGAAUGGCGAACUUAUGACAGUCGUUGUGGGAUUUUUCUGUGGCAAUACGGUCUCGGUACCCGUAGAUCCUCGGCAACGCAUGGCAUCACCUAAAGCGAACCCAUCAAGAGUCUUCACGCCAGAGGGCACGUUCGGAUGGGGUGGUUCGUGUGCUUCAAUAUAUCCUGUGGACUCUCCUGGCGGCUAUCAGAUGCUUGGAAGAACCAUUCCAUGCUUCGAUCUCUAUGGCUUUAAAGCUGGUUUCUCGCCAGAGAGACCUUGGCUGUUUCAGGACUUCGACAUACUUACAUUCUAUGAAGUUAGCGAGGACGACCUCAACGCCAAACUGGAGCUCUUUCGAUCUGGAAAUUAUGAGUUCCAAUUUGAGACCGUCGAGUUUGAUAUGGCAGAACACAACAAAAUGCUGACAGAGACAGCCGAUGAAGUGACUCGGAUCAGAGCUGCACAGCGCAAAAUACAAGAAGAGAUGAUUCGUGCAGAACAAGAAUCGUUGGAGAAGUGGCGAGCCGAUAAAGCAAAGAAGAAGCCGGAUGAAGGCACUGUCGAUAACCUGCUUCAGGAUCCAGCAAUCACUGCAAUCGAAGCUCCAGUUGACGCGAAUGUCUGGAAGGUGGAGGUCAAAGAAAAGGAAGAGCUCCAAGAGGGUCAACUAGUAGCCAUUCUGGAGGCUAUGAAGCUCGAAAUCAACGUCAACGUACCCGACAGCGUCAAGGGCAAGACGAAGGUCGAAAAGCUACUGGUAGAGCCGGUAAGUUCGAUUGUCUACUACUUUCUUUCUUCUUGCAACCGACUAACCAAUGCAACGCAGGGAGAGACAGUCAAGGUAUGCAGGCAACUACAUUUCCGAACUCAGCUCAAUUACUGA